UUUACCUACCUGCGACGGACGUAAACACAAAUACCGACCGGCUUCUCGUUUCACCACGUUUCGGCUGCCGAAUCGCGCCUCGGCAUGAUUACCCUAGUCGCCCUGAACGGCGAGGCCUUCGUCUGGAGUGCGCACGAUUGGCUGAUAUUGCGAAAAGAACAUCGAAUCUGUGGUAACCUGAUCGGUACGCUGGGCAUGCUUCCUCACCAGGACAAACACCUAGCUCUACCUUUAGCCCUUCUGCCUGAAGAGACGCGAUUUUUGCUCCAAGAAAAAAUUGCACGGCUUGUCGACUAUGAAUCUUUCAGAGAGAAACCCAGUGGCAAUUUAAAAGAAAAAUUUGAAGAUUUUCGAAGACAGAGUUAUCAAGAUCAAGUUAAAUAUUUCCAAGAUGAGAGAAGGAGGAAAAUACUGGAGAUGGUUGAUAUUAUUGUUGAAGGAAAAAAAAGAAAAAUUCUGGGCAGUGUUCCUAAGAAAGGGAAAAGACGAAAAUUAAAUUAUUCCACUUCAACAGAGGCUGGAUGCUCUUAUUUAGAAGAAACAGUACUUCCCGAUCGGGAGUCGGUUAUCAAAGAUGAGCUCAACAAAGUUGUGCCAAUCCCUGAAGAAGCUGCAUUAACACAAGUUCCUACUGAGGCCCCUUGGAUAAAAGAUUUAACCGUGACUGAAAUACAGUACCCGAUGCCACACAAAAAGAUCGAUUGGCUGAAAUUGAAAACAUUUACGGACUUAUGGAGAAGAGGAUUUUACGUCACUGCAGGCCAAAAGUUUGGAGGCGACUUUUUAGCCUAUCCUGGUGAUCCUAUGAAGUUCCAUGCCCAGUACAUCAUAACUUGCCGGCUUCCAGAGGAAAGCAUUCCUGCCUUGGAGUUCAUCUCGCUUUGCAGGGUAGGCUCCUCAGUGAAAAAAUCAGUUUUGCUUUCAACAUUUUGUAAUUUAAAUGGUGAAUCUGUUAUUUACCAAACUCUUAAUUGGGUAACUUAAGUUAAAACAUUGGUGGUAUGUUAUGGGGUCU